AUGUUCAAGCAAAGUCUUGUUGGUGAUUCCGGUCGACUCUCGUCUUGGGGAAGCAAAGAUGGAGAAAAAGAUUGUUGUCUCUGGCGAGGUGUCCGGUGUAGCAAGAGAACAGGCCAUGUAAUCAUGCUCGAUCUUCAUAACUCUCUGACCCUUGAUGUUGGCUUUGAUAUCGCCUAUCAGAAUAAUAGUCUGAGAGGUACGAUUAAUCUUUCAUUGCUUGAACUGCAACAUUUAAUAUAUUCAGACCUUAGUGAAAAUGAUUUUGGAGGAAGUCGGUUUCUGAAUAUUAGUGGCUCUCUAAGGAAGUUAAGAUACCUCGAUCUUCAUGAAACUGGAGUAAGUUCUGCAAUACUGUAUCAGCUUGGGAAUCUUUCUUCUUUAAGAUUUCUUGACCUUAGUUGGAACUACCUUGGUGAAGCCAAGGAUUGGCCGCAGCUACUCAACAAGCUUCCUUAUCUACAAGACUUAAAGUUGAGCGGCUGUAGUCUUCCGAAAAUCCUUUCUCCACCUUCCCUCACUAAUACUACUUCAACAUCAAUUUCCAUUGAUCUCUCUGUAAAUGAUCUUACUUCUUCCAUGUACCCACUAUUGUUCAAUAUUACCAGCAAAAUUGUUGAUCUUAACCUCCAAUAUAACUCAUUACAAGGCUCAAUUCCAGACUUUUUCAAGAACAUGGUUUCCCUUAGACAUCUUGAUCUCUCCCUAAAUCAACUUGGAGGCGAGAUUCCAGAAUUCCUGGGGAACAUAUGUACUUUAAAAGCAAUAGACCUUUCCUUCAAUAACUUUAGUAGAUUCAUUCCCGCUGGUUUGUCUGGAUGCAUACAGAAUUCACUGGAGAUUUUGAGUCUGUCGAACAACCAACUCAGAGGUGCUUUACCUGAUCUCACAAAGUUUUCAUCAUUGAAGUAUUUAGAUAUUGGCUAUAAUCAAUUCAAUGGAACGAUGACUGAAAGUUUAGGAUGCCUGUCUGAGCUCGAGCAUCUUAAUGCUUCUUGGAAUUCUUUUGAAGGUGUGAUAUCUGAAGCUCAUUUUGAAAAUCUCUCCAAAUUACAAACACUUGACCUAUCUUACAAUGUUUUAGCUUUUAAUGUCAGCUCCGGUUGGGUUCCUCCUUUUCAGUUACAUCAUAUUUAUCUAUCAUUUUGCAAAUUGGGGACUCACUUCCCAAAAUGGCUUCGAACUCAAAAGGAAUUUCAAGAUCUUGAUAUUUCUGGUGCUGGAAUUUCAGAUACUAUCCCUGAUUGGUUUUGGGACCUGCCUCCAUAUUUAUCUUCUUUAAAUCUCUCCCAUAACCAGAUGAUUGGCAUGCUACCAGACUUAUUUUUUCACUGGCAAUACCUCCUAGUUUUGAAUUUAGCUAAUAACAACUUCUCAGGGGGUAUUCCAACAAGUGUGGGAUCAUUGUUGUCAGUUGAAAUAAUUAAUUUGCACAAUAAUAGCUUCUCUAGCGACUUACCUUCUUCUUUGAAAAAUUGCAAUCGGUUGGAAUUUUUGGACUUAAGCGAGAAUAUGUUUUCUGGAAGUAUACCAGCCUGGAUAGGAGAAAAUUUGUCAUCUUUGACUUUUUUGAGUUUACAUUCUAAUGAGUUUUAUGGGAGGAUACCUACUAAUUUAUGCCAAUUAGCCAAUAUACGGAUUCUGGACCUCUCGGAAAACAAUCUCUCUGGAGCAAUACCAUUGUGCCUUAAUAAUUUGACUGCCAUGGUUCACAAUGUAGAUCCGAAUGAUAUCAUUGAACAAUUAUAUUUGUCUUCAGACGAAGGUCAUGGUAUUACUACAGGCUUUUAUAUUGCAAAGGCAUGGGUUGGAUGGAAGGGAAAAAAGUACGAGUAUGAAAGAAGUCUUGGACUGUUUAGGAUCAUUGAUCUUGCAGGAAACAAAUUAGAUGGAGAAAUUCCAGAUGAGAUAACAAGACUUUCUGAAUUGGUUGUAUUGAACUUAUCGGGGAACAAUUUGGUUGGGUUUAUUCCUGAAAACAUUGGUCAGUUGAAACAAUUAGAAUCACUUGAUUUGUCAAACAAUCAAUUGUCAGGGCGAAUUCCUAACAGCAUGGCUGAUUUAAAUUUUUUGAGUUACUUGAAUCUGUCAUCUAAUAACUUAUCAGGAAAAAUUCCAUUGGGUACUCAACUCCAAACCAUUGGUGCUUCAGCCUUUGUUGGUAAUAACGCACUGUGUGGGCCUCCAAUUACACAGCAGUGCUUAAAAAAUGACACAGUUCAAGCUCAACCACCUGAAGAAGAUAGAGAUGAAUUCAGCGCAUGGUUAUAUGCUGGAAUUGGAAUCGGAUUCUUCACGGCGUUUUGGGGAGUUAUUGGCACUCUACUGUUGAAGCCUUCUUGGAGGCAUGCAUAUUUUCGGCUCUUGGAUAAUUGGAUGGACUUGCUGUACAGGACAUUCAUUCGGUGGAGUGCAAGAUUGGAGAGGAAGUUCCAGAAUAAGCUAGCUGUAGCAACGUCGGAGUUGGCAUGUGGCUCUUAUGUACUUGUGGUGAUGUAUUCUGGGUUGAUGUCUCUUACGGCUGUUCGGUUUGGUGAUUUCUUCAGUGUAUGA